CUGGCAUUGCUAAAGUACACUAGACCCGAGCUUUUACCUUAAUGUGGUGUCUGAAGUAGAAAUCUUGACCGAUUCACCCGUGCAACUUGUUCUUGGUAGGUCGUGGUACUCCAUCUGGAUGCAAGAUAUUCUGUGAGUGGCUGAGAGCUCCUGUUCAUAAUACGAGGCAGAAUUACUGACCCCAUUAAUUAAAAUCAUCCAACUGAAGCUACGUAUUGUGGGAAUGAAGGACGAUUAUGCUAUGGCGCACUUGAGUAAUGCGGAAGUGGCUAGAUAUGGACGUCAGCUCAUUUUGGAAGAUUUUGCUGUGAAAGGUCAACUUGCCUUGAAAAAUGCCUCUGUACUGAUCGUCGGCUGUGGGGGACUUGGCUGUCCGACUGCCUCUUACCUAUCUGCUGCAGGAGUUGGAAUCCUCGGUUUAGUGGACUACGACUGCGUAGAAAUCAACAAUCUUCACCGGCAAGUUCUUCAUGACGAAGAAAAAGUCGGUAUGAAUAAGGCAUUGUCAAUAGCAGCAUCACUGAAGAAGCAAGUGUUGAAUUCAUUGAUUGAAACUCGUACUCAUGAAAUCCUCUUGAACAAAGAUAAUGCCAUGGGUGUCAUAAGUACGUAUGACAUUGUGGUGGACUGCUCGGACAAUGUUCCUACUCGUUACCUUUUGAAUGAUGCCUGCGUCUUGCUGAACAAGCCACUGGUUUCUGGAAGUGCGUUGAGGUACGAUGGGCAAUUGACUGUUUACCACUCCGAUGGUGGUCCGUGUUAUCGGUGCAUAUUUCCUAAGCCUCCGCCUCCAUAUACAGUGGCAAAUUGUUCAGAUGGUGGCGUUUUAGGCAUGGUGCCUGGAAUAAUCGGUACUUUACAAGCGCUGGAAGUAGUGAAGCUACUCACAAAAACUGGGGAUACUCUGCGUGGAAAAUUGAUGAUUUUUGACGGUGCCAGCUCUUCAUUCCGUAAAAUCAAGCUGCGUGAACGUCGGGAGGAUUGCUCAGUGUGUGGAAGAUGUCCAACUAUCACCGAGCUGCAAGAUUAUGAAUUACUCUGUGGAGCAUCUGCCAAUGAUAAAGACGCAGAUGUUGAUCUACUCGACGAGUUUGAUCGCGUAGAAGUCAAGGAGUAUAAGAGAAUUGUUGAUGUCUCGUCUCCUCAUAUUUUGUUGGACGUGAGACCGAAGGCGGAAGUGAGCAUAUGUGUCAUCCCGGGAUCAAUCAAUUUACCAUUUAACAGCUUAACGAGACAAGUGUGCGAUGAAUCGUACGUCGGGCAGAUAUCCGAGCGUUGCGUGGAGUGUAAUUCUUCGCCUGAUCAACCCCUGCCAGUUUUCGUCGUAUGCAGGCGAGGAAAUGAUUCGCAAAUCGUCGUCGAAACUUUGAAGAAGACCCUCGAGCAGUUACCUGUAGUUGUGAAAGAUCUCAAGGGAGGGUUGCACGCGUGGGCAUCGGACGUUGACCCUGAAUUUCCAGUGUAUUAGCAUGUGUUGCAAUAUCUUGUGAUGAAAGUUUUUUUUCGGGUA